CGAACGGUCGUCGACAGCAACGACCCAGACCCCUCAACCUACAUGAUCCUCACGCACGCCACGACGGAAUCUCUCGCCCGCUCUGUCUCAACAUCAUGUUGCCGUCCCAAUGCCCCUUCUCACCCUCGCGGGCUCUCCAGCGAGUCUUCCUGGCGGGCCUCAGCUUACCCAUCGGCACAGCAGCAACGAGACCUGCCAGUGUUGCUGCGCGAGCUGGCAGCACUCUUGCCGUGAGCUCCAGAGCGGUCUCGAAAACACGAGGAAUACCACCAGCUCGACACACCAAUGACACCGCACGACACAGCACGGCAGCCACCGGCCGUCGCGGCUACGCGAAGCUCGUCAGGACGCCCAAGCAAAAACAGAAGCCCCAGGUCUCCAAUCACGACAUUCCGUACCAGUGGAUACGCAUAAAGCAGGAGAACCGGGCCGGCGAGGAAGGCGACGUCCUCGGACCCCCCGAGCGCACGGACGACGUCCUGAGGAAGCUCGACAUGUCGCGCAUGUCCCUCGUCAUGCUCGCCCCGCCACCACCGCCCCGGCCGGGCGAGCAGUCGGCGGCGAUCUGCAAACUCGUCGACCUCGAGGAGGAGGCGCGCCGGGCCGCGGCGGAGCAGAAGGAGGCCCGGAAGGAAAAGGCCAACUCGAAGGAGCUCGAGUUCAACUGGGCCAUUGCAAAAGGCGAUAUGGAAAUGAAGCUCAACAGGCUGGCCGAGUUCUUGCGCAAGGGAAUGCGCGUCGACGUCACGCUGGCCAAGAAGCGCGGGAGCCGCGCCGCUUCGGUGCAGGAGGCGGAGCAGCUCAUGGCUAAUAUCAAGGAGGCCGUCGCGCAGGUGCCCCAUGCCAAGGAGGUCAAGAAGCCCGACGGUCAGCCCGGCAGAGUAGUCCGGAUGUCGUUUGAGGGGCCUGGCAAAAAGAUUCGCGAACAGCUGGCUGCGGACGCUGCCGAGGCCGAGGCUAGAGCCCAGGAACGAGCGAAGGCAGAGGCAGAGGCAGUUCGGGGUUGAGACGGUCACUGUCGCUGUCUUGGGUUUCGGCAUCGACCAUCCCACAGGAAUGCAUACACUUAGUAGAAAUAAGGUCCGGUAUCGCACAGCUACUUAACGGGGUAUGCUGGUUGUCCAUAAGCGGUGACGGGAAGUGCACCUCCCGAUUCAGCUAGAAGAUUGUGUCACACCUAGCCAACAAGAGAGCGAUAUGUAGCCGUGCUCCCAGUAGCACCAGCCACUUCCACUCUGCAUGCACAUUCACAUCAUGUUGCGAGGCAUCUCACGCCAGUCG